UCGGUGAGAAAUCAGUCGGUUAGUCUGUCUCAGAAUAACUUGCUGUCUCUUUCUCUCUCACUUUUUAAUCUCACUCACCACCGAAAUCUCAAUCCGCCUCCGAAAUGAAAUCCAUCAUCCUUCUCGCCCUCGUCGCCGUCGCGGCUGCUGGUCAUCAUGGAACGGUCAACAGUAUGCAACAGGUAAAAGUUAAGGAGCUAUACGACUCGAUCGUGACGAAGGAUUACUACCCAAACCUCCGUCCAUACGGGGUCAACGGUACGGACGCCACCUUCGUCACCGUGCAACUCCGAGAUGUCAAGAUUCUCAACGUGGACGAGACCAAGGGGCUCUUCACCUUCCAAACGUACGCACGAAAGAGCUGGAUCGAUCCACGAUUGGCCUAUAACGACACCACCGUCAGCUACAUCCCCAUCCGCGACUGCAAAUCCCUCUGGGCCCCAGACAUCUUUUUCCUUGAUGGCGUCGAGUCGUCCACCUUCCCCCUCAGCGCACACCACGUGCCCCGAACCGGCCGCAUCUUCCCCAGCGGGCGGGUCUUCUACAGCUUCCGACUGACCCAGACGAUCCACUGCCCCGCAAUUUACACGACCGGGGUCAAGGAGAUCACGUGCCCGGUCAGGCUCGGAUCCUACGGCUUUUACACGGACGAGGUCCAAGUCGCUUUUAAGGAAGGUGCUGACUACACCGGGGUCAACGUGGUGAAGGACGUCGUCAUCCCGAAAUUCACGUUUGGAGGGGUCACCACCCAGCAGACUUGCACGACAGCGUCGACGACGAGGUCGGCGGAUCAUGACCAUGUCCAUUCCUGUGUCCAGGCUGAUUUCAAGUUCAUCCGGGCUUAAAGAGUUGGAUUUGAUGAUUCUAUUGUGAUAUUUUCUCUCUUUCUCGGAAAUGUUAUGAAUUAAUUUUCAUAGUUUCCCGAGCACAAAAUUUAAUCGAAUUUGGAAAAGGAAUGAAAUGAAAGUAGAUGGAAUAAAAAUUGAUUGAUUUCUUGCAGCAUAA